AUGAGGUUCAAAUGUUGUACCAAUUUGAACCUAACUUUUGAGGGACUGUUACAAAGUAAAGCAUUGAGAUCAUGCAAAAAUUCUUUUUCAAAAAUACUUUAUUGUCUUGAGCGUAGAGUGAUUCCAAUAUAUUUUAAAGCAAAUGAUGAAUUUGAAAAUUAUUACAAUUGGUCAAUGACCUCAUUUUCGAUCUUCCCAAAUAUAAAUUUGCGUGAGAUCAAAAUUACAAAUGUUCAUGAAGAAGUUUCUGUUCAACUUUAUUCAAUUUUAUAG